UGUGUGCAACGAUAAAGGCAACCUCACUACAUUCUAAAGAUGUUGGCCUCUUGUACCCCGCUGUCUUCUGUUGCUCGGAUCGGCAGCAACGGGAGGCUCCGCCCCAAACUGCGCCAGGACGCCCCGAAGCGCGCACAUUUUGCCGUGAGGGCGUAUUCGAUCACGUUCAAAUAUCCCGAUGAAGCAGACAAGGUCGUCGAGGUCGACGCGGAGACGUACAUUUUGGACGCGACAGACGAUGCCGGGGUGGACAUGCCUUACAGCUGCCGCAGCGGAACAUGCUCCAGCUGCACCGGGAAGAUUGUGAGUGGGACUUUGGACCAGGACGAACAGCAGUUUCUGCAGGAAGACCAAGUCGCGGCCGGCUACGUGCUCCUCUGCGUCAGCUACCCCACCAGCGACCUGGUCAUCGAGACUCACAAGGAGGACGAAGUCAUGGGCUGAAUUGAUUCUGCUCUCCCGCUGCGCGCGUGAAGCUCUGUUUGAUUUGCCCAAUUGGCUUUCUUCUGUCUGAUGUCUAAUUUGAACCCCGGUGCCAGCGCAAGGAAGUUGCAAUACCGUCAUGCUUUCUAUUGGAAAGAGCCAGUGGGGACCACAGAUGAUUACAAAUUUGAAUAUUCAUGCGGAUACGCAUCCCAUGACAUGCCAUGCUCAUCAAUUGGGAUUUCUGCUGAUCUUAGAUUCUGGCCAAGAAUUGUAUGCGGUGUAUGUGUUAGAUCAAUUGAUCAAUAAGUAGUAGCAGUGAAUGUCUUCAAAAAAAUCUGGUCAUGGUAGGACUGUCAUUUGAAACUUCUGACAGCUCACUCUUGGCUUGCAUUUCAAUGAUAAGCUGAAGGCUUAAGCUUUCGAUCUGUAGGAACCAAUGGAUUUGAGCGUGUUGCUUUAUAAUGGCAAUUUUGCAUCACGAAGCGUAUCACAAAAUAGCCAGUUGCUCUGCAAUAUUGCUUGCCAUCCGUAUCAGUUGUAGACCACUCUAUGUAAUCAUCAAAGCGCUGAAUUUCAGAGCC